AUGAAUUCGAGAACAGCCUUUACCGUACUCUCUUUGUCCUCGUUGCUAGCCUUGUCCAACGCCUGGCCGCUCUUCCCGCCUACGAUCGAGCGAAGACAACCUGUCUCGUACUCGGUGGUCGCAGUGGACGGUGGAAGCACAGCAAGCGAUGUCUCACCUACAGCAACAGUCACCGAUGCCAUUACUCAAACGGCAACAGUAAUGAAGACACAACUCUCCACGAUCGUCAUGACCGCGUCUGAAACACCCAUAACGAUAGUCGUGACAGUUACCUCUCCAUCGCCGACUACUGUCACCGACUACUCGACUGCCUCGCCAACAACACAAAUCGUCUCCCCACCAGCAUCUUCGGCCUCAUCGAGUCAACAAUACCCCUCCGACUCAUCUCCCUCAAUAGCAACCUCCAUUGCCCCAGCUACCACGACAGAAAUUCUUUCACCAGUAACGGUGACGGUCACACAACCCGUCCCUUCAAUAAGACCGUAUGACGACGGCAUGUGGCACACAUGGUACUACUAUACGGUCACCCCUGAGAGCCUAUCAAGCUGGGCUUCAACGACUACCUCCAGCCCAGAAUUGAGCUGGACUACAACAUGCACUACCACCACAUCAGAAUCCGCUUCCUGA